GAGAGCCAACCCAUCAGCAACAACAAAAAAACCAGAAAAUACAAAGAAAAAUAACUGACAUGUAUCCUUCUUCAACUCUAAAUUGCUUAGUAGAAAAGCGGGAAAAUCUUUAUUGGUGGCAUGGCUGCACGAAUUAGCCAAGUGUAGGGUAGUAACUCAAGGAUAACUAACCCAGGUCAAAAAUCUCUAACCACAUGUAUGGUUAAAGUUAAACCCCACGAGGCCAAGGAACAUGCUCUAGUGAAGUGGCCUCUCCUCUCCUCUCUUCUCUUGUCUUGGCUUUGUGCGUUAUUUUAAUGCCUUGCACUUCCAGUCCUCCUUUCCCGUUGUCUCUCCUUGUUUUGGUAAACAACUUUUGGUCACCAAAAUACACUUCUUUCAAUUUCCAAAGUCACAAAAUCUAAACCAGGGUAGGAAAACAAGAGAGGCCUAGCAAGCGAACAUAACAUAGACCCAUCAUUUUUCUUCUGACAAGUCUUGCUUGCCUGCAUUCCAUCAUAUUUUGUGCUCUCACAUUGCUAAAAGAAGAGGUAAAUGAAGAGGUCUUCGUCUUGCUCCUCAUCCUCCUCCUCCUCCUCACCUUAUCGUGAGGCCUCUGAAAGCAUUCAGAAGCCAAAAGUCGAACGCAUUAGAAAAAACCAAAAGAGCAAUCAAGGGAAAUCCCAGAAGAAUGCUGCUGCUGCUGCUGCUGCUGCCAACAGUCCUAACUCUGGCAAAAGAAGUUCCAUUUAUAGAGGAGUCACCAGACAUAGAUGGACAGGAAGGUUUGAAGCUCAUCUCUGGGAUAAGAGUUCAUGGAACAACAUUCAAAACAAGAAGGGAAAACAAGUUUAUUUGGGUGCCUAUGAUAAUGAGGAGGCAGCCGCACACACCUACGAUCUUGCUGCCAUAAAGUACUGGGGGGCAGAGACAACCUUGAAUUUUCCGAUAGAAACAUACACAACGGAGAUCGAAGAGAUGCAGAGGGUGACCAGGGAAGAGUACUUGGCAUCACUUAGACGGAAAAGCAGUGGAUUCUCCAGAGGAGUCUCAAAGUACCGUGGGGUGGCUAGGCAUCAUCACAAUGGUCGAUGGGAAGCCAGAAUUGGACGAGUUCAAGGGAAUAAAUAUCUCUAUCUUGGAACUUAUAGAGCUCGGAAGGAAAAGAUGGGAGAAAAUAUGAAAAAGCUGGGGUCAAAAGGAAGGGAAGAUACGCAAGAAGAGGCAGCGGCAGCAUAUGACAUGGCAGCAAUAGAACAUAGAGGAGCAAAUGCUGUGACCAAUUUUGAUGCUAGCAAUUAUAUAGAACGGAUGAGGGAGAAAGGCAUCCCUAUAGACCAAAUCCUCCAAGAACAACAACAACAACAACUUGGUAACUGCUCGAUUGAUAAUCCCGGCAUAGAAGUAGAAGCAGGAGUUGAACAACCAUCACCGCAACAACAAGAGGAACAAGAACAAAAGGUUGCUCCGUCGUUGCAAGAUCAAUGCACACAGCUAGAUUCAAGCUUGGAUGGCGCAUCUCCCAUGGUUAUUACGGGCACCAUCGAAGAGCACGAGCCAGCAUGGAGCUUUUGUAUGGAAUCAGGAUGGAACCUCACAAUGCUUGAUCUUCCUUUCGAGAAUUCUUGCGAGCUUCCGGACUUGUUCAAUCAUACAGGGUUCGAAGACAACAUUGACUUGAUGUUUGAUGCAUGUUGCUAUGGAAACUAAUAGCACAGGAGGGGUUGAAGAGGUUGGUGUUGCAAGGAGCAUGGAUGGGGAGGAUAGGUUGUUGUCGGACUCUGUUUCAAGUUCUCCAACUAGCUCAACGGCCACCUCAGUUUCUUGUAACUAUUAUGUUUGGAUGUUUUGAUGGCCUUUGUAGGCAGAGGAUUGUUGAGGUUUGUUUAGAUUUUGUCAUGUUGGGUUUUGUUGAGGUGGAUGCGAAUUAAAAGGCCUAAAAGAUCCCUUCUGUUUUUUUUGUUUUUCCUUC